AUGUCACCGAUCCCAAACAUACUAUCAACGCGCAGCACACUCGCAAUACCCUACCCGCCAACAGCGCCCUACACCACCCCAUCUCUGACGGCCAACCUCAUCUGCCGGGUAGUCCUUGGCAUCCUCUCCAACAUCGGCUGUCUCGUGCCCCUCAAAAACCUCUACCGCCACGGCGAGUUCGCCCCAGCCGUCUUCGUCGGCACAGUCAUACUCAUGAACUUCUCUACCGCCAUCAAUGCCCUCGUCUGGCGCAAUGACAAUGUGUACGAGUGGCUCCAGGGACAGAUCUGGUGCGACAUCCACGCCUACGUCUACCAGCCCCUGAUCCCCCUCUACUCGACCUCGUGCCUCGCUAUCACGCGGAAUCUGGCGCAGCAGAUGGGGUUGUCCCGGGCCACGCCUUUAUCUACCCAGGAGAAACGCAGGAAGAUGCUCAGGUAUUCCAUCGCUACGCUGAGCGGCUGUAUAUGGAGCGGUCAUGGCGACUGGGUCGUCUUUGUCUUCUUUCUGCUUCCAAAUCCCAUUCUGGCUCUUGCGGCGGGCUUCUACGCGGUCCUCACUUGGAAGCGCUACACACGUAUCGAGCUGCUCACCCGGUCAACACUCAUGUCAAACAGCUCCGCCGCCGCAAGAGCAAGCCGGACGAGAUGGCGAAUCUUCUCCGUGAUGAUCUGCGUCCUCGUCCUUUACAUUCCCCUAUACUGCUACCAAAUCAUAAUCCAACUGAGGACCACCUUCAUGUUCCAGACCUUUGACUUUGACAACAUUCGAAAGAAGAAUGACCCCCUGCCGUGGGAUACGGUCCUUCUAUACCCCCACAGCGGCCUUAGUUUCUUUCAGCUCAACCACCAAUAUCUAGUCAUCGCGUCGGCGGUACCCAUCUUUUUCUUCUCCGGUAUGACGGAGGACAUCAUGAGGACCUAUCGCAGUAUAUUGCUGAAGCUGGGCUGCGGUGGAAUCUUCCGCGGACUCCGGAAAGAUGCUGGUGCUUCAGGGGUAAGACCAAAGGGUCUGCAAGGAGAGUCGGUCGUUCAAAGAGUGUGA